AAAAAAAUUGAAUAACAAAAAAUAUUGAUUAAAAAUGACGGGGAUAAAUAAUUCAUCAAUAUCAAUGAUGUUUAAUGAUACAUUAUUUAAUAAUGAAACAGGAAUAAAUCCAAAUUGUGCUGCUGAUUUACCAAUAGUAUCACUUGUUAAUCAAAUUCUAUAUUCAUUAGUAUGUAUUGUUGGUUUAUUGGGUAAUACACUUGUAAUAUAUGUUGUAUUACGUUUUUCAAAAAUGCAAACAGUUACAAAUAUGUAUAUUGUUAAUUUAGCAAUUGCUGAUGAAUGUUUUUUAAUUGGUAUACCAUUUUUAGUUACAACAAUGAGUUUACGUGCUUGGCCAUUUGGUAAAUUAAUGUGUAAAGCAUAUAUGACAACAACAAGUAUUAAUCAAUUUACAAGUAGUAUAUUUUUAUUUAUAAUGAGUGCUGAUCGUUAUAUUGCUGUAUGUCAUCCAAUAACAUCACCAAAAAUGCGUACACCAUUUAUAUCAAAAAUAGUAUCAAUAACAGCAUGGUUAACAAGUGCAAUAUUUAUGAUACCAGUUGUAUUAUAUGCAAAUAUUGGUGAAGCUGAUGGUGGUGUUAUUAGUUGUAAUAUUUAUUGGCCAGAUAAUCAUGGUGGACAAACAACAUUUACAUUAUAUUCAUUUAUACUUGGUUUUGCAAUACCAUUAAUAUUAAUAUUAAUUUUUUAUUUUCUUGUUAUUAGAAAAUUACAAACAGUUGGACCAAAAAAAAAAUCUAAAGAAAAAAAACGUUCACAUCGUAAAGUUACAAAAUUAGUAUUAACUGUUAUAACUGUUUAUGUAUUAUGUUGGUUACCGUAUUGGAUAACACAAGUUGCAUUAAUAUAUACACCACCAAAACAAUGUCAAUCACGUAUAUCAAUAACAGCAUUUUUACUUGCUGGUUUUUUAAGUUAUUCAAAUAGUGCUAUGAAUCCAAUAUUAUAUGCAUUUUUAAGUGAUAAUUUUAAAAAAAGUUUUUUAAAAGCAUGCACAUGUGCUGCUGGUAAAGAUAUUAAUGCAACAUUACACAUUGAAAAUAGUGUAUUUCCUAAAAAAAAUCAUAACAAUAAUAAUAAUUUACAAAAAAAAAAAAAUAAUAAUAAAAUAAUAACAUCUGGUGGUACAUCAAAAAUUGAUAUUGAUGAUGAGGAUGGUGAAAGAGGUUUGCUUAUUAGUAAAACAUCAUCAACAACUGUUACAAUGACUUCGAGAUCGAAUAUAGCUGUUACUAAUUUUGACAAAGAUACAAUGAGUCCUAAAAAUGAUACACAAUUGACAUUACUUACACAAGUUUAAUGAAACAUAUCAAAUUUUAUUGAUAAAUAACUUUUUUUUUAGUAACAAAAUGACACCUCUAUUUACCUUGUCAGUUGUUGAUUAAAUAUUUUCAAUGACAAGUAGUUUUA